AUGGCAGUAAGACCUCCACCUUCUAACUCCUCUACUGCAUAUGUGCCACCUAGACCUAUCAUAAAGCCAACCAUGUCCAAGAGACCAAUUAGAAGGAGAAAUAUUAAGAGGCCACCACCGUCACAAUCUUCUCCCCUCAGACCCGCCCCACCACAACCUACUCCCAUAACGCCUACCACACCACAACCUUCUGUUGUUAGGCCUACAUCACCAACUAACCAACCGCCUCCAAGAGUUACCAGACAAACAAUGCAUGAUGCAAGUCGAUCGAGGGACCACUACACAAUUUAUGCGAUUCAUGCCAACUCCACCAUCCACAAUUCAAACACCAGGCAGAUGGCCAGUACCUGGGUUCCGUCCACCAACAGGAGCAUCUUCAAGUGGCAACAACAACGGAGUUUCUAG